AUGCGAUCUCUUCUCGUUCUUCCACUACUUGUUUGCCUUGCCUCUGCUGCUAGUGUCAGAGUUCGCCGUGAUCACCACGAAGGACACGAGGCUCAUGACUACUCUGUGGAUACCUUAAUCGCCAAGGUCCUCCCGUGGCUCUCCGAGGAGCAAAAGACGACGUUGAAGGGAUUGGAGAAUGACAAGGAUGCUCUUUUGACUAAGGUCGAGGAGUACUUCAAGGGACACGACAAGAAAGGAGAAGCCGCUGAUCAACUCAUCAAGGCUUGCAAACACAUCAUCACUGAUGCGAUCGGAGAUGAGAAUGCCUCGCAAAUCAAGAAGCUCAAAGAGAGCGGCGCUGGACUUGACGCAAUUGAGGCCAAGGUUGACACUUUCCUCGAGGCUGCUACUGAUUCAGAGGCCAAGAAAGUCGCUGUUAAGGUGAAACCAUCGUGCAAGAAAGUCUUCCAAUGGAAACACGCUGAGGCCGCCACCGCUGCCGCUGCUCGUGUUCGCCGUGAUCACCACGAGGGACACGAGGCUCAUGACUACUCUGUGGACACCUUAAUCGCCAAGGUCCUCCCAUGGCUCUCCGAGGAGCAAAAGACGACGUUGAAGGGAUUGGAGAAUGACAAGGAUGCUCUUUUGACUAAGGUCGAGGAGUACUUCAAGGGACACGACAAGAAAGGAGAAGCCGCUGAUCAACUCAUCAAGGCUUGCAAACACAUCAUCACUGAUGCGAUCGGAGAUGAGAACGCCUCGCAAAUCAAGAAGCUCAAAGAGAGCGGCGCUGGACUUGACGCAGUUGAGGCUAAGGUUGACACUUUCCUCGAGGCUGCUACUGAUUCAGAGGCCAAGAAAGUUGCUCUUAAGGUGAAACCAUCGUGCAAGAAAGUCUUCCAAUGGAAACACGCUGAGGCUGCUGCUACUGCUGGACGCAAGCGCCGUGAAGUCACCUACAACUUGGACUUAGCUUUGGACAAAGUGCUUACCUGGUUGUCCGCUGAGCAAAAAACCGCGUUGAAAGCUUUGGAGAAUGACAAGGAUGCUCUCUUCAAGAAGGUCGAUGAGUACUUCCAAGAGAUCUCAGGAGACUCCAAGAAAGAAGCUGUUAACAAGGUCAAAGAGGCGUGCAAGCACAUCUUCGGAACCGCAAUUGGAGAGGAGAAAGUCGGUGAGGUGAAAAAGCUUAAAGAGGCCGGUGCAUCGUACGAUGACAUUGAGAAGAAGGUUGGAGAGCUUCUUGAAGCCGCUGCCGCCUCACCAGCUAAGACCACCGCCGAACAGGCAAAACCCUGGUGCACCAAAGCCUUCAAAUGGCAAGCAACACAA